AUGAUGCAGCCCUCUGACCGACUGGCCGCUCUCCCCUCUGCCCGGGCAGCCCUGGCUGCUUUAUGGGCUUGGCCUGCGGGAGCCAAGAGCGCGGGCCGGGCCCUGGGAGCAGCCUCUCCCUCUCCCUCUCCUGCUCCUCGGGGGCCGGGGGCUGCGGCGCCCCCUGCUGCCCCUCGCUGGCGCUGCGGCGGGCUCUGGCCUUUUCCUCAGAGAAGAAGGCGCUCAGGACCGAGGGGGGGCUUCCAAGGCCUCCAUUUUGGGGAGUGGAGGAGGGACGCCCAAAGGCCGCUUCUGACUUUUCCCGAAGGACCCCUUGAGACUCCUUCCUGCAUUGGCAGCCUUGACACGCGUCAACAGCCACGUGUGGAACCGUCUGCAGCAGCCCCCCGGCGCCCCCAAGCAAGCGGCGGGAGCAGGAGGGCGGCCACCGCCAGGGGGCGAGCGAGGGAAGGAGCGAGGGAGGUGGCCGGAAGGAGAGGCCGGGCGCGCUUCGGCUUCCGGUUCCUGUCAGGCCGGAAGUGGCCCCCUGCGGCGGGGAAGGAGGCGGCGAUGGUGGGCCCUGCGCGGGGGGCGGUUCCGGCGGCGGCUGGGCCCCUGGAGAACGACCCACUGGUCUUCCGGCGGCAGGGCGCGCCGCUCACGGCCCGCGAGGAGGACGAGCCGCCGGACGCCAUCGACGCCCGCGAGGUCUUCGACCUGAUCCGCGCCAUCCAGGACCCCGAGCCGCUGACCCUGGAGGAGCUCCGCGUGGUCGAGCCCGGCGCGUGCAGGCGAGCGAACGACGCGGAGAGCACCGUCUCGGUGGAGUUCACGCCCACCAUCCCGCACUGCAGCAUGGCCACCCUCAUCGGCCUCAUCAAGGUGAAGUGCUGAUCCGCUUCGCUCCCGAGGAGGUUCAAGGUGGACGUCCACAUUACGCCUGGGAACUCAUGCCUCGAGCAUGCAGUAAACAAGCAACUUGCAGACAAAGAGAGAGUGGCUGCUGCCUUGGAAAACAGCCAUUUGUUGGAGGUGGUGAACCAGUGCUUGUCUGGACGGCCAUGAAACAUGUGUGUCGUGGUGCAUGUCUGUGUGACGCUGGCAGGCGAGACUUGUGUUCAGCUCUGUUCGUAUUGGAGGCUGGUAUUCUGUGCUUGUACUCCAGUCUUCCUGAGAUAAUUGUAAUUCUUUUGCAUUGCUUAAUAAAGGGUCUUCACUACUUUA